AUGAGCCAACGUCAAUCAGUCCCACUUAGGGAGCUUCAUCAUAGUAAUCAGAAUCAAAUUGAUGCUGUCAAAGAAUUAGAACAGCUUUUUUGUUUGGAUAGACCUACAUUACUAAAAAUAGUUGAAUCAUUUCAACGUGAAUUAGUUGCUGGGUUGGCUGAUGAUAGAUCAAGUGAUCUCAAUAUGAUUCCAACUUAUGUAACUGGAUAUCCAACCGGUAAUGAAAAGGGCACCUAUUUAGCAUUGGAGAUCGCUGGUAUGGAUAUUUAUGCUUGUCAAGUAAAAUUAAAGGGAGACGCUGGAAAGUUAGCUAUCAAUCAAUAUCAGUAUAAAAUUCCUCAGGAUUUAGCUACUGGAGAUGAUUUUGCAGUUUUAAUUGAUUAUGUGGUAGAAUGUAUAUCUGAUUUUUUAAUGCGCGUGGGUACACAAGAUUUAUUCAUUUACCCAAUGGCUGUUUCAUUUGGAUUUGCCAUAAAACAGACAAGGUUAGAUUCAGGUCGUAUAUUAUCACUGGGGUAUGGCCUUAGUUAUCCAAAUGGUGUAGGUGUAGAUAUUGUAGAAUUAAUGCAUGAACGUAUUCGAUUAAAAGGGUUACCUAUUAAAAUUGUAGCUACAGCCAAUGACUCUGUUUGUACUUUAUUAGCGCACGCAUAUCAACAUCCUACAACACGUCUUGGUAUCGUUCAUAGUUUAGGUACAAAUUGUGCCUAUUAUGAACCAGUAAAGAAUGUAACAAAACUAAGGGAUCAAAGUAUACAAAAGAAUGUAGAUAUAAUCAUGAAUACAGAAUGGUGUAAUUUUGGAUCAUCAAGAAGAACAUUACCUUGUACAUGGUUUGACCGAAAAUUAGCGCGUGAAUCAAUUAAUCCACAAUUUCAUGUGUUUGAGAAAAUGACAACAGGCAUCUUUCUCGGUGAACUUGUAAGAAAUAUUUUGAUUUAUCUUGUUGACCGAGAUAUUUUAUUUGGAGGAGAGUCAUCAGAGACAUUAAAUACUGCACAUAGUUUUGAUACAAGUUAUAUGUAUGUAUGUGAAGCGGAUGAUUCAGAUACAUUGGAGGACACGCGCAUCGUUUUAGAGGAUAUGCUCGGUCUCUCUAAGACUACAGUAGGAGAUCGUGAAGUAGUAAAGAAAGUAUGCGAAUUAAUAGGUACUCGUGCAGCUGUUCUUGUCGGUGCAGCUAUUGCAGCUAUAGUACAGCAUAUGGCUUCAAGGGGUAUUGGUAUGAAUGAGGAAGGCUAUGCAAUUUGUGAGUAUAAAAAACAUACUUUACUAUUCAUCAUUUAUUGA